AUGGCCAGCUGUAACUUGAGCCAUCCAUCUACUACUGGCACAGAGGAAAUCAUGAUGAAUACUUCUCUUGGCAAGAGUUCCUGGCUUAUCGGACCCAGAAAGAGCUCACCCAAGAUAAACAAGACUGUCUCUCAUAUGAUACUUAAUGAUGCAAAACAGAUUGUGGCUGAACUUAAUUCCAAAUCCGCAAAUGAGCCUAUCAGCCCAGAGAAAAUGAGCGGAUCACAGAUACCAGAGGAGAAACCACAUUCAUCUGUAGUUAUUGUAGUUGACCAAACUCGACUAUCAAAAGACACCGAGUUAGAAAUGAAUGACAUAAGUAAUGACGUGGGCAAGGAGGAUACCAUCACAGAAAGUGAUUAUACCAGCACAGAUGUUGAUGAUGUCACCCCAAAAUCCGUGUGUGAGAAAGAGGAAAUUUUUUCUGAAAUCCAAAAGGAGAAACUAAUACUAGAAGAACUAAAAGUGUCCUUGGACAAAUGCCUCCCAAUAUCACCUGACUUAGUUAAUAUCCAAGACUCUUCAGAGGAAGAUGAUUAUUUCCUAGAAGACGAUUCAAGAGAUGACAACAGCUAUUUCACACCACUAGGCUCUCUGCCAGCUCACCUCCAGCCUCAAGCAUAUAGGAAUGCUUUGGAAAUUAUCAGAGGUGCCAAGUAUGACAUCAGAGAGCUCUUGUACCAGCUCUAUGAAACAAUUGAAUUGACUUAUCAAAGCAAGCAAGGGUCUGAGAAUCGCCAGAGUAGCCAAAAGGCACUAUUUGAGCUGUGGAUCAAGUGGAACAGGAGCCAGUCAGUAAAUGCGGAUUCACAGCUCCUUGAAACCCGGACUCUGGCCAUGUCCCGUAGCAUUACCCUGAAAUUACAAUCAGCCUUCAUGGACCUCAUGCCUAAAAUCCAGGGUCUCCCAAGCAGCCUACAAGACAGACUCCAACAGGCCUGUUGUGAUAUGCGGGAGCUUCAUACAACCUUUUCCCUAAGUAAUGGGUUUGAAGAUCUAGACAGGUAUCAACUGACCCAUAGCCAGUUUAUGCUGACCCAAGCCCAGGGAAGUAUAGAACAACUGCUGUGUUUCUUAGAACAUAAUGUUCCUUCUGAGUGGGUUGUAGGACCACUUUGCCCUUCUGACUUUCCAGAGAAAGAUGUGAUAACAAUCCCUAAGAAAACUCUUGAAUUGUGA